AUGGCUUUGGAUUUACGCUUGCACUCUCCUGCAGGCGCGGAACCUGUUGUUUAUACAUGGCCUCUCACGUCGGGUCAUGGCUCGGACAAACACGAUGGGGCCUUGGAAAUAGUAGAGACUAUAAGGUGGGUCUGCGACGACUUGCCGGAGAUAAAAGCGGCACUGGAGAAACACAUCCUGUGCGACUAUGACACGCACUCAUACGAGAGCAUGCGUGCUCUUUGUGACCGAUUCAACCGAGCCAUCGACUCCGUGGUUGCUUUGGAAAAAGGAACUUCACUGCCAGCUCAACGCUUAAAUAAGUAUCCGUCGCGAGGUUUAUUGAAACAUAUUUUGCAACAAACGUACAAUCAGGCUGUAUCUGAUCCAGAUAAGCUUAAUCAAUAUGAACCCUUCUCGCCAGAGGUGUACGGUGAAACGUCAUACGAAUUGGUUUGUCAGAUGAUCGAUCAAAUUGAUAUAACGGCUGAAGAUGUUUUCGUUGAUUUGGGCUCGGGAGUUGGUCAGGUGGUGCUGCAGAUGGCGGCAGCGACGCCGUGCAGAGUGUGCCUGGGAGUGGAGAAAGCGGAAGUGCCUAGUAAAUAUGCCGAGAGUAUGGAUUUACAUUUUAGGAUGUGGAUGAGGUGGUACGGAAAGAAGUAUGGAGAAUACAAGCUGAUUAAGGGCGACUUCCUGUUGGAUGAGCACAGGGAGAAAAUCAACGCGGCCACAAUCGUGUUCGUCAAUAAUUUCGCAUUCGGGCCGCACGUGGACCACCAGCUGAAGGAGAGAUUCGCGGACUUGAAGGACGGGGCGAAGAUAGUCUCUUCGAAGAGUUUCUGUCCGCUGAACUUCAGGAUAACUGACAGAAACCUGAGUGACAUCGGGACCAUCAUGCACGUUAGCGAAAUGUCACCGCUCAAGGGCUCCGUCUCGUGGACUGGAAAACCAGUUUCUUACUAUUUACAUAUAAUAGAUAGGACCAAAUUGGAGAGAUACUUUCAAAGACUGAAAAACCCGAAACUCAAGGUCAGCAAAAGGGGUUGUCAGAACGGUGACGAUGGUGAGGGCAAGCGGCACCUGAGCGCGCCUCCCACGCGCCAGCCCACGCCCGACCUGCUCAACGGCAAUAGCAACCACAGCACCGGAUCGCUGCCCGAGCGCCGGAGGAAGGUGGCCCGGCCCCGACCCACCGUCAGGGGCGAGAACGGGCGAACGCGCGCGCGCGCUGCCGUGGCGAAGCGGCGCGUGGCGCGGCGCUCGAGCGACGAGAGCGACGAGGAGUCGAGCGGCACCGACGACGCGCCCCCCGGCCCGGAGCCGGCGCCGCGCGAGUGGGGCGCGCCCUGGGCCUCCGCGGACACCAAUCGGAGCAGACGCGCUGGCGGGAAGCGGAGCGCGAGUGCUGGCGGCGCCCGGCGGCGGGCAGCGCGCGCCAAGCGACGUCGCGCCGCGCCUGCCGCCAUUGCGGGCCUCGACCUCCUGCACUCCACCACGCUCGCCUCCACGCUGCACAACGGCACGGUGACGGCGCCGCCGCCGGGCUGCGUGGGCCAGAGGCUGUCCGCGCUCGGCGUCCAACUGCAACCUGCCGAGCGGCUGCACUCGGAGCUGGACAUCCCCCGUUCGCCGCACACGCCCUACAGCCUGCAACUGCUGCUGGACAUGUUCCGCGACCAGUACCUCGCCUUCAUACAGCGCCUCAACUCGCCGGAGUACGCGCGCGACGUCCGCCAACAGAUCGACAAGGAGAAGGAAAGGAAUCAAAAGCUGAAGUCCCGUGCCUCUCAGUUAGACAAACAGAUCAAUGUUUUGAUCAGCGAUAGUGUUGCAUUGUUAAAGGCACGCAUGAGUGAGCUCGGCAUACACGCCAACAAUACCGUGGAUCUAUUAGCAAAGGCUAAGGAAAUCGUUGGGAGGCACAAAGAGCUACAGAGCAAAGCGAGCAAGCUACAAGCGCAGGUUAACAAUAUAGAAGCUGAACAAGCUAUUCUUGUGAAGCAGCGAACUUUUGAAAUAACCGAAAAGUAUCGUAAGAUGGGCCACAUACCACCAGACGUGGAAAUCACUCAGAGCAUGGCACACGAUUGCAUAUUGAAAGAAAUAUCGGCCACGCUAGCGCAUCGUAAGAGGUUACACGCGCAGGUGGGCCACUUGCAAAACGAAAUCGUGCAGAUGGAAAGGGCCAGCGAGCAGAAGGUCGCAGCGCCGACCGUGCCCGUGGCCACCGUCAAGCCGCACACGGUGAACUCGAAGCCGCGGAAAUCGAGGGAGAAUCGUUCGCGGUCGCAGGAGUGGCCCGACGUGCCGGAGAUGGGAAAGAUCGACGAACAGAACCCGGAGAUCCUCGCACAGAAGAUACUGGAGACGGGGCGCCAGAUCGAGGCCGGUAAGAUAGCGAAGCCUAACGUCAUAGUGAACGGAUACGCUCGCGAGUCGGAGCGUCACACGGAGCGUCAUACGGAGCGUCACACGGAGCGUCAUACGGAGCGUCACGCGGAGCGUCACACGGAGCGUCACACGGAGCGUCACACGGAGCGACACACGGAGCAGCAGAGACAGGUGAAAGCGCCCGCCCCCGUCCACCGGACGCAGCCGCAGCCGCAGCGCCCUCUGCCGCCGCAGCCGCCGCCCGCGCACCGCCAGUCGCCCGUCAAGCCGCAGAAGCCACUCAACGUGGUCACAAAGGUGCAGGAGUCGCCGAAGGUGAUCAACUUCGAGGACCGCCUCAAGAGUAUAAUCACUUCCGUCCUGAACGAGGACCAGGAGCAGCGCAAGGCGUCCCGCCAGCCGCCGCCGCCCGGCCACGCCUACUCGAACGGGUACGUGCGUCCGCCGGGCGGGCAGCACGCCGCUUACGCGCCGCGCCCCGCGCCCGGCGGCGGGUACGCACGGGCCGCGCGCGACUUGCGCCGCGAACGGUACGCGUACGAUCGGCGCACGGCGCACGGUCCCCCCGCCCCCCACGGCCCGCACGGAGCGCCCGAGCCGCGCCAACAUCAUUCCGGUCAGCCGGACUACACACAAGUGUCCCCGGCGAAGCUGGCGCUGCGGCGGCACCUGUCGCAGGAGCGGCUGGCGGCGCCGGGCGCGCGCACCAUCGGCGACCUCGUCAACGGCGAGAUCGAGCGCACGCUGGAGAUCUCCAACCAGAGCAUCAUCAACGCAGCCGUCAAUAUGAGCGCGCGAUACCACGAGCCCGCCGCCGCGCACCAGCCGCUUGAAGGUUUGGCAGCGUGCUUGCAAGCACGGGUACUGGCGUCGGAGUACUGGCGCGGGCGCAACGGCGUCGCGGAGGCGGAGGAGGCUGGCCGCCGCCGCUCGCCGCCACCCGACCCCCACUCCAACACCUCCACGCCCCUCGUGGACGAGCUGCCGGAGGCCGCUCGCCCGUCCGAAGGCGAGGGCGGCGAGGAGGUGGAGGAGAGCAAGUGGCAGGACCGCAUCGCCUUCCGCUUCGACCAGAUAAUAUCGUUCGCGUCCACCGCGAUGGAGGAUAAGCGGCGGCGGUCGGACGAGGCGUGCAACACGUCGCCCGACUCGGGGAUCGGGCACAGCGAGACGGGGCGGGCGGUGGCUGGAGCGGGAGCGGGAGCGGGGGCGGGGGCGGGCGCGGUGGCGGGAUCGGGAGCGGGCGCGGGGGUGGCGGCGGGAGCGGCUCCGAGCGCGGUGGUGGUGGCGGGCGGAGGGGCGGAGGCGCGCUCGCCCUCCCCCCUGCCCGCGCACCACUUCAAGAAACGGUUCUUCCGGCGCGAGCGGUGGGGCGCGUGGAGCGGCGCGCCCCCGCCCGCCGCCGCGGUGGACUGGGAGCGGCCGGCGAUG